AAGUAAUUUACUUCUCUCACGACCACUGUGAACUAAAACAGAGGGAAAAACGAUUCAAACCAACGAAGCAGUAACCACCGGUACACGCGCGCACACGCGCCUCCGUUCUGCUCCUCCUCCCAGUGCAAUUCUCCUCAUCAAUGGCGGAUUCCGAUCCUAGUUUCGCUACCCACAAAAGAGACCCUCUCAAGUCCUCACCAGCAGUUGGUGAUGCUGCGGGUAGCAGGAGGCGACAAAAUGCGGUCACAGUUGGGAAAGAAAGAAGGGAAUCGCUGCUCCGUGCGAAACGCCUUUGUAGGGUUGCGAUUGGUGGCGGUGAUGGCGGUGGUGAUGGCGAUGUUUCCGUUGAUGCUGACAUGAUGAUUGAUGAAGACCAGUUCAUUUUGGAGUCUCAAACUUCCGCGGCAGUGGAGAAGUUGAAAUCUGCACUUGCUUAUCAGGGGAAGGGUGCAAUGCAGACAAGAGUAGGUGCCCUUCAAGAUUUAAGGCGUUUACUGUCAAGAUCCGAAUUUCCUCCUGUUGAGUCUGCUCUUAAAGCUGGAGCUGUAUCCAUUCUAGUGAAAUGUCUUUCGUUUGGUUCUCCAGAUGAACAGUUGCUCGAGGCUGCUUGGUGUCUUACAAAUAUUGCUGCAGGGAGUCCAGAUGAAACAAAAGCUUUGCUGCCUGCAUUGCCUUUGCUUAUUGCUCAUCUAGGGGAAAAUAGCUCCUCACCUGUUGCUGAACAGUGUGCUUGGGCACUAGGAAAUGUGGCUGGUGAAAGUGAAGAGUUGAGGAAUGUUCUGCUAAAUCAAGGCGCCGUACUACCUCUUGCAAGAAUGCUGCUACAAAACAGACGUUCAACUGUUAGAACAGCUGCCUGGGCUUUGUCUAACCUCAUUAAGGGUCGAAAUCCUAAAGCUGCUAUCGAACUCAUUCGUGUUGAUGGAGUAUUGAAUGCAAUUGUUCAACACUUGAAGAAAGCGGAUGAUGAAUUAGCAACUGAAGUAGUAUGGGUAAUUGUUUAUCUAUCAGCGCUUUCAAAUAUAGCUACCAGCAUGCUGGUGAAGAGGGAUGCACUUCCAUUGCUUGUGAAUAGAUUAGCAACAUCAAACAGUUUACAGUUACUGAUUCCGGUUUUGCGAAGUUUAGGUAAUCUCAUUGCUGGUGAUUCCCAUUCAACUAAUGUUGUUCUUGUACCUGGACUUGAAAUUACAGAUAAUGCCAUAAAAGUCCUGAUAAAAUGUCUGAAUGGCGAACACUGUGUCUUAAAGAAGGAAGCAGCCUGGGUGCUGUCUAAUAUAGCUGCUGGUUCUGUUGAGCACAAGCAGCUGAUAUAUUCUAGUGAGGCAGUGCCUUUGCUAUUGCACUUACUUUCUGCUGCUCCAUUUGUCUUAAAAAAAGAAGUAGCUUAUGUAUUGGGUAACCUUUGUGUUGCCCCAUCUAAAGGUGAUGAGAAGCCAAAUCUGAUCCUGGAGCACCUGGUUUCACUUGUUCAAAAAGGAUGUUUACCUGGAUUUAUUGGUUUGAUUAGAUCUGCUGAUAUUGAAGCUGCUAGGCUAGGACUUCAGUUUGUAGAGCUGGUUCUGAGGGGGAUGCCAAAUGGUGAGGGGCCAAAGCUUGUUGAAUGUGAAGAUGGGAUUGAAGCCAUGGAAAGAUUUCAGUUUCACGAAAAUGAAGAUCUAAGAACAAUGGCCAACAGCUUAGUUGACAAGUAUUUCGGAGAGGACUAUGGGCUUGAUGAGUAGUAGUCAGAAUAUAGUGAGAUUGACAAUCGUUUUUGUCCUGCAUUGCCAUGCCUUAGCUUCGUCUCAUAUGGAGCAAUUUAAUUAACUGACAUGGCCGAACAUUCUUCAACAAAUGUAUGCCAAUAGAAUCGGUAUCUAGUAUUGAAAUGUUUGAUAAAAUCUUCAAGGGCUUAUACAUGAUAGACUGGAAAUGUGAAGUUUUAUUUGUAGUUCAUUUCAAUUUUCAAGUUUUCUUAAUUUUUUAGACA